AAUCAACAUGGCCGACUCGGUCGACAUCGAUUUGUAUGAUAAUUUGGAAGACGAUUUUAACCAGGACAAUGACUUCAGCCAUGAUGGAGGAGAUCUGUAUGAUGAUGUCAUAACAGCCCCAUCAAGUAGCGAUGGUCUGGACUCGCAUCGGGACGAUGAUUUGACUCCAACUAAGUCAACAGUUACUGCCCCUACCUUAUCCACGACAUACACUGGCCGAAGAGUGUGUGUCUGUGUGGGCAAUCUUACUUGGUGGACCACUGACCAGGACUUGACAGAGCAGAUAACAACACUUGGGAUCACAGAUUUGUUAGACAUCAAGUUUUAUGAGAACAGAGCCAAUGGCCAGUCUAAAGGGUAUGCCGUGGUGACUGUGGGGUCAGAUUCAUCUUCUCGUACCAUAUUUGAUAAACUGCCGAAGAGAGAGAUCCACGGCCAGCAGCCCCUGGUGACUCCAUGUAACAAACAGUCGAUAAACCAGUUUGAGGCUCAGGCCAGGAAAUCUGAGGGCCCACCCCCGAAUGGUAACUUCAAUCGCCAGCACAACCAAGGCUCACAGGAUCGCCGUGGGAUGCAGCCUCCACCCCCCAUAAACCGUGGUCGCCCUGGCCCUGGUUACCCUCCUGGCCCGCCCCACAGGAACACCGGUAGAACGCCUCCACCAGGAAUGGGACCCCCAGGGGGGCCACACCCCGGAGGACCUCCUCCCCCAGGUCCACCCCCACCAUUUGGACCUCCCGGACAGUAUGGUCCUCCCCGACAUGGAGGCCCCCCGCCCCCAGGUCCACCGCCCCCUGGGAUGUCACCUGGUGGACCCUCCCCACGGGUUUCAGGACCACCUCCCCCAGGCAUGCCCCCAAGAGGCCCUCCUCAGUCGCUUCCACCCCCAAACAGAGGGCCCCCUCCACCUGACCCAAGAGCCCAUCCCUCUGGACCCCCAAGACCAGAAUGGGACAGACCACCAGCUCCAUAUCCUGGUGGUGGCCCUCCCCCUCCUCAGCCGGUGCCUCCUCCUGGCAUGAGGCCCCCACCCCCAGGUGUUCCUGGGCAGCACCCUUCCCAUCAUCAACCCACGAUGAGUCAACCAUCCCAUCUGCCCCCUCCAGGGCACGCUCCUGUCCCGGCUCCUCAUGUUAACCCAGCCUUCUUCCCACAGCCCCAUGGUCAGCCACCACCCAGCUCUCCGAUGAUGCACAUGGCUUCCCAGCCACCACACUCGCAGUCUAGUGACCCGUAUGGUCGACCACCCCCGACAACGGGCUACCCCAAUGAGCCUUACAUGAGGCCGCCCCCAGAGCGAUAUGAGCCCAAACGUCAUUCUGAGCCACCACCCCCAGCUCUUUCAGAACAGGAGUUUGAUGAAAUCUUCCAAAGAAACAAGACUGUGUCCAGCAGUGCUAUCUCUCGGGCUGUGCAAGAUGCCAGUGCAGGAGAGUUUGCCAGUGCCAUUGAGACUUUAGUCACCGCUAUAUCACUUAUAAAACAGUCCAAGAUUUCUUCUGAUGACAGAUGUAAAAUCUUGAUUAGCUCCCUUCAGGAUACUCUUCAUGGAAUAGAGGAGAAAUCGUAUGGCUCAAAGAGUUCAAGCAGCUCGAGGGAACGCAGAUCCAGGUCUCGCGAUCGCGACAGGGACCGUGAACGAGAGAAGAGAAGCCGAAGUCAUCGGUCCAGAAGCCGAGAUCGAGAGUACCGAGAGAGGAGCCGAGACCGCGAACGUUACCACGACUCUGAUCGUCAUCGAGACAGGGAUAGGGAGAGAGAAUACUCCUCCUCCAGACGUCACUAGCAGAGCGCUGAGCAAUGUCAGGAGUAAAGCUUGUACCUGUAAGUGAGCCUUCCCCUAUGACAACAUCAGUGUAUUUUAAUGGACUCUGUAAGCUGCCUUCUUGGCAAGGUAAACUGCCCUCAUGGCAGUGUCUAAUUUUUGUGUCUUAAGUGUUACAAGACAUUGGUUCGACAUACAUAUAUAUAUAUCAAGUUCUCAUUGCAAAAUUCAAAAAAUUCACAAGCGGAAUUUACAACUGGAAAAGGACAGAAAGGAGAAAGGACUUUGGAAGGGGGAAAAGGAGAGAAAAGGAUUACAGAUAGGAUUUCAAGGCGGUCACAGAUCACCUAGAGACGUUAGUUCCGUGUUGUCGCGUUGUUAUUCAUGUUCAGAGUCUCCAGCGGGAGAAGUCGCCAUAGCUUGUUUUAAAUCCUCAAAUAAAAUUUGUCUGAUGUA